AUGGGCCAGAAACUAUCUGCCGUCCACGGUGUCAAGUCCAACGACUUCACACAGCCAGACAACGCCGUCAACGAAAUCUGGGUUGGAGAUACUGAAGUCAUCUCUCGUCUUCCGUUUGGCGACAACGACAUGGAACAGGCCGGCUGGCCGAAGAACGGUAUGCCAAAGAUACCGUGGCAUAACUUCAUCAUUCCCAUGAAACGCGAUAGCAUCCCUCCUCUCAGAUACAACUAUUCCUUUCACUUGGGCAGCAUGUACGAGGUGCCGGCAGACCAGAUGGUCUGUUGCAACCGAGACGGGUGCAUCUCUAAUCAGGGGAUCACUCGCACCGUUAUUACGCAAGACCUCAUUGCUCAACAUCCUUUACAACCCCUGUUCGCCCUUGCCAUGACCUUGAGCGUUUUGUGUCUAAUAAAGUCGACGAGAACACUUAAGUAUGCGGCUGCACCAAGAUUCGACGAGAAUAAGGCACACACAAAUCAAGGCGUGAAACAUGGGGAACUUGUUCUUAUGUCUGUUAUAAUACGUUACCUUGCCGCCAACUGCCUGAUGUGUUAUACAGCAUUCCUUUGGAUGGGCGUUGCCCGGGCCUACAAAAUCAACAGCUGGGACUGGGUGCUACUAGCGUUGGUGUUGGUUUUGGCUCUGUACUAUCAAUUAAUAGCCGGUGCAUGGGCUCUUCGUACACUCGUGAUUGAUCUGUACAAAGUCUUGUAUAAAGCCAGGCUGAGUGAAGAAAGUCUUCACAAAACCGCUGAUGACAAGUCACGGUUCCCACAAAACGAACUUCGCGCCACUGUAUAA